AUGUCGACUGCCUCCACCACUUCGCUGGGUCCAAAGGUGCUCCUCACGGGAGUCUCGGGCUUCGUAGGCUCGCACGUCCUGGACGAGCUGCUCAAGUCGCCUCGCAGCUACCACGUCACCUGUGUCAUUCGUUCCAAAGCCAAGACCGAACCGUGGCUCUCGCAACAGUUUGCCGCUGCGUUCCAACAGAACCGCGUCGAGGUCGUCGAGGUCCCCGACCUGCUCGCCUCUGGCUGCCUCGACUCGGCCGUCGAAGGCAAGGAGUACAUCGUCCACGUAGCCUCGCCCUACGUCCUGAGCGCCAAAAACAACAAGCGCGACAUCAUCGAUCCUGCCAUCAACAUGACGCGCAACGUGCUCGAAGCCGCGCUCAAGGCCGAAAACAAGGCCAAGUCUGCCGGAGAGAAACCUCUCCUGAAGCGGAUCGUCGUCACCUCCUCCUUCGCUGCCAUCCUCAACCCACUCAAAGGCAUCGAAAAGCGCGACUACACCUACACCGACAAAGACUGGCAGCCGAUCCAGUACGCUUUCCUGGGAACUUUCUACUCGCCGCUCGCCUACCUCAUCUCCAAGACCCUCGCCGAGAAAUCCGUCUGGGACUUUUUGAAGAAGCACAACCCCACUUUCGACGCUGCCACCGUCAACCCACCUAACAUCUACGGUCCCAUCAUCCACGAAGUCAAAUCCGAAGAUGCCAUUAACACCUCUUCCGCCGAACCGUGGAAGCUGUACAAGGCCGGUGGACCUGGGGGAGAUGGCAAGGUGCCUGUGGAACAGUUUUGGUCGUUUUGCGAUGUUCGGGAUGUGGCCAAGAUCCACGUUGCUGCUUUGGACAAUCCGAAAUCGCACAACACGAGGUACCUCGCCUACGGCGGCAGCAUCUCGUGGCAGGAGGUGGCGGACGAGAUUCACGACAACCCAGAGUAUCCGCAGCAACUCAAGGAUCACAUCCCGCGCGGAAACCCAGGCGAGAAACAUCGCCCCACCCCCUUGGCAAAACUCGACACGAGCAGAGCAGAGAAGGACCUCGGAAUCCAGUUCCUCGACUGGAAGGAGUCGGUCAUCAAGGGUUCGUUGUACAGCUUUAUCGACAUCGAAAAGUCGUGGGGCAAGCAGUAG